CAUUUAUUUGUCCAUUCCUGCUUCUUUUGACCACCCAAUCCCAAGCCUGUAAUAAAUUCAGCAGUUCCUCUACCAAUUCUCACCACCGUGCCUCCUCCAUCGUCCUCCACCCCACGACCGCAAUCCCAGAAAGAAAAGAACGAAAAAUUUAAAAAAUCAAUGUCUCUGCUUCGAAGGAGGAAAGUCCCAGAAAAUGAACGAACCCAGGUUCCAGAUCCGAACCCAGAUGGGAAUCAGAAGGACAAGAAGAUAAUUGACAAGAAAAUUGAGAUUCAAAAAUCCCAGAAGCAGCAGAGCAAGUGGAAUUGUGUUGACAGUUGCUGUUGGUUUAUUGGGUGCAUAUGCGUGGUGUGGUGGGUGCUAUUGUUUCUGUACAACAUGAUGCCUUCUUCGUUCCCGCAAUACAUGACGGAGGUGAUAACGGGGCCGAUGCCGGACCCGCCAGGCGUAAAGUUGCAGAAGGAGGGAUUGAAGGCCAAGCAUCCUGUGGUUUUUGUGCCGGGGAUUGUUACUGGUGGGCUUGAGCUCUGGGAGGGACACCAAUGUGCUGAUGGAUUGUUCCGUAAAAGGCUUUGGGGCGGGACAUUCGGGGAAGUUUACAAGAGGCCUUUAUGUUGGGUGGAGCAUAUGUCAUUAGACAACGAAACUGGUUUGGAUCCUCCUGGAAUAAGGGUCAGGCCUGUCAGUGGUCUUGUUGCUGCAGAUUAUUUUGCUCCUGGAUAUUUUGUCUGGGCAGUUCUAAUUGCUAAUCUUGCUCGGAUUGGGUACGAGGAAAAAACUAUGUAUAUGGCUUCAUAUGAUUGGAGACUCUCAUUCCAGAAUACGGAGGUGCGUGACCAGGCACUGAGCAGGAUAAAAAGUAAUAUAGAACUGAUGGUUGCUACAAAUGGCGGCAACAAGGCAGUUAUAAUUCCACAUUCAAUGGGUGUUUUGUACUUUUUGCAUUUCAUGAAGUGGGUGGAGGCCCCUGCUCCAAUGGGUGGAGGGGGAGGUCCAGAUUGGUGUGCUAAGCAUAUAAAGACGGUUGUGAACAUUGGGGGUCCGUUUUUAGGUGUUCCAAAAGCUGUCUCUGGGCUUUUCUCUGCCGAAGCAAGGGAUAUUGCUGUUGCAAGGGCUAUAGCUCCUGGAGUUCUGGAUAAGGAUUUAUUUCACAUUCAAACUUUACAGCACAUAAUGAAGAUGACUAGGACAUGGGAUUCAACCAUGUCAAUGAUACCAAAAGGUGGAGACACUAUUUGGGGUGGUCUUGAUUGGGCACCUGAGGAAGGCUAUGUUCUUAGCAAAAGGAGGCAAAGAAACAAUGGUACUAGUGAGGAUGAAGCAACUGAAUCUAAAGUAAAACAUGUCAAUUAUGGAAGAAUAAUAUCAUUUGGAAAAGAUGUGGCAAAGGCACAUUCUUCAGAGAUUGAGAGAAUCGACUUUCGGGAUGCUGUGAAGGGUAGCAAUGUUGCUAAUCACACAUGUCGUGAUGUAUGGACAGAGUAUCAUGACAUGGGUUUUGGUGGCAUCAAAGCUGUUGCGGAAUAUAAAACUUAUACAGCCGCAGAGAUCUUAGAUCUGCUACAGUUUGUUGCCCCUAAAAUGAUGGAACGUGGUAGUGCUCAUUUUUCAUAUGGGAUAGCUGACAAUUUGGAAGACCCGAAGUAUCAGCACUAUAAAUACUGGUCUAAUCCAUUGGAAACAACGUUGCCAAAUGCUCCUGACAUGGAAAUCUUCUCGAUGUACGGAGUUGGCGUCCCAACAGAAAGAGCUUAUGUUUACAGGCUGGCUCCAGCAGCAGAAUGCUAUAUUCCAUUUCAGAUCGAUACAUCAGCAGAUGACGAUGAUGAAGACAGUUGUUUAAAAGAUGGUGUUUUUACUAUUGACGGGGAUGAGACAGUGCCUGUUUUAAGUGCCGGCUUUAUGAGUGCAAAAGGGUGGCGUGGAAAAACAAGAUUCAAUCCUUCGGGAAUUCCAACAUACAUAAGGGAGUACGAUCAUGCUCCUCCAUCUAGUCUUCUUGAAGGUCGUGGCACUCAGAGCGGAGCCCAUGUUGAUAUAAUGGGAAACUUUGCACUAAUUGAAGACAUUAUGCGAAUUGCUGCUGGGGCUAAGGGAGAAGAGUUGGGAGGCGAUCUUGUGUACUCAGACAUCUUCAAAUGGUCUGAGAAGAUCGAGUUACCUCUAUAACUUGAGCCGGGUUCUGGAUAUCAGUAACGUGGGAUUUUAGCAUGCUGAUUUUUCUAGGUUCUUAUGCCCUCGUGGAUCUCAUCGACAGUAACAGUAUGAAAGGAAGAGGGGUUGUUGCAGUAUUGCAGUAUCUGAUGUGGCACCUUGUCAUGCACAUUGAAGCUUUUGCCAAGAACUGGAGGCCCGUGGGCGAAGAGUAAGGAGCGUAAAACAUAAUGUAAAUUUUUUCCUAUCUUGAAACCAACCAAAAACCGACCCUGUCUACCUCGGCCCUGAAAAAAAAUGUAGAAACAUUAUGAUUGUAAAUCAAUGAAAAUCAACUAAAUAUUUGUGUAAUUUACCAUUUCAUAUUGAAAUAGUGUUUGUAAUAGAUCAGCUUGGCAAUGUGUUGUAGUAACUGUUGUUACUUAGGACCAAAUAAAUGUGGAAACAUUAUGAUUGUUCUUCGUA